AUGGCAGACAUCGACGACGAGCUUCUUGCUCUUGCAGGAGAUGCUUCUUCUGAUGAGGAAGACGAGGCGCCUACCAAUAUCAGCAAAGCAGGCUCCGCAUCACCAGAAGCUCAUACAUCGGGUAAAACCAGCACGAAGAAAUCUAGCGGCAGGAAAUCAAAGCGACAUGAUGACUCCGAGGAAGAGGGCGAAGCCUCCUCAGGUGCAUCAUCUCCCAACUCCUUAAGAUCCGCUCCGAUGGACGAAUCGGAUUCAGAAUCAGAUUCUCCUGCCAUGUUCGACGAAGCCGAUAAAUACCCCCUCGAAGGCAGGUAUAUGAACGCCGCGGACAAAGCUGAAAUCAUGGCUAUGCCCGAGAUUAAGCGUGAAGAAGUCCUUGCUGAGCGUGCUACGGAAGUCGAGACACAAAGGCAAAACCGGGCGCUUCGUCAGCUUUUGAAUGCCCGUGAUGCCGAGGCGAAGAAACUGGAUAAAAAGCGUAAGGCUGGAGCAGCAGACCUGGACGAAAAUCAACGGAAAACCUCUCGUCAACGCACAAAGCUCGGUGGUGGUAAGGUUGGGGAAGCAAGCACAGGUAUCGAUAGUCUUAAGCGCGCAAGAGCUGAGAAGAAUGAUCGCCAACGCCGCCGCGAGGAAGACAAGGAGCGCAACAAGGAUCGCAGAGUUGUACACGAAGACUACUCAGAUGCUGAUGCCGAUGGAGACUCAGAGGUGGAAUGGGAUGAUGGCAAAUCGAAGAACAAGCGGAGGAGUCGCUCCCCAGAAUAUCGAGAUGCCGAGCCUGCUGGCCUUCACGACAUUGAGCGCGUGAGAGUUGGGAGAACAAGGUUCGCCAUGGUUUGCUUUUACCCAGGUUUUGAUGAGGCGAUCACAGGAUGCUUUGUCCGCAUCAGUGUUGGCAUUGACAAGGAUAAUGGACAAAAUAUCUACCGAAUGGCUCUCAUCAAGGGUUUCGGAGAAGAAAGACCCUAUGCCGUGGAAACAGCAAAUGGGAAGCACUUUAAAACGACUCAAUACAUACGCGCUGCUCAUGGGAAGGCGGAGCGGAAUUGGCCCUUCAUCACCUGCUCAGAUUCUCCGUUCACUGAGGCCGAAUGGAACCGAUACAAGCAGACUUGCAUAGUCGAAGGUGUUCCACUACCAACGAAACCGAAACUUUUACAAAAGGUCGCAGACAUCAAUAAUCUAGUGAACCGCUCUUGGACUGAGGCUGAGCUUCAAGAGAAGCUCACUAAGUCCGGUGCUCUUGUCAACAGGUUUAUUCCUAUCGAGCGUAGCCGCUUGACCAACCUCAUCAAGGAAGCCAAGAAUGCAGGCCACACUGAAAAGGAAGAAUUACUCAAGAAGGAAUUGGAAGACCUCGAUGGUCCAAAACUUGCAUACAGCACCUCCAUGCGACCAUCUCCCAAAAAGUCCACCGUUUCGGCUUCAGGGAUGAGCCAACAAGAGCGAUUGGCAAUUCUCAACAAACAAAACCGCCGCAAGAACGCCGAGGAAGUCCGCCAAGCGCAGAUCAACGAGAGACGUGCGGUCAAGAUGACUGAAGCUGCCAUAGCCCGUGGUGAAGAUGUCGCAGAAGAUACCUCUCGCCGCUUGAAGACGCGUGCGAAGUUUAAGCACGAUGUCACGGACACAGGGAUGAAGAAGACGGACAGCGAGCGCAGCGGCACUAACACGCCGACCUCUGGGACGCCCAAGCUCAAUGCGAAGAAACCCUCUACUCCGCUUCCUCACCUUGCGAAGCUGCAAGCUGAGAAUAAUGGCAUCCCUACACUUCGCAGACCGCUCAUGGAUGACGAUAUUAUUGGGGCGAUUGAUCUCGGGAUCGAUUUGGAACUCUAG